UUUAUUUAACCUUAAUAACAUACUUUUACAGAAAAAAAAUCAUAUCAUGUUCAAAGUUACAAGUUUGAAUAUUAUGUUUGCUAUAAAAGAAAUUCCAUUUUUCUUAUACAGUGAAACGCCGUCUUAUCAAAGGAAAUGAAGAGAACACUAAACUAAGGAAGAUUGGUUAUGUAAGGGCUCUGAGUACCAUAUAAAAGUUUCAUCCAUUAGCAUCAAUGGGAAAAAUGUGCCACUUCAUAAAACAUUACUCUCAUUGAAAAAACAAUGAGAGUAAUGAAGAGAAGUAUUAGCAGGGGUGCACCUGAUACUAUAUUGGCCACUUCUAUUUACAAUGCCCUGACAAAAGCUUUUGUCAAUGAGAUGCCAAAAGAAGUUAGAUCUGUGACUCCAGUUGAACCCUUUACAACUUGCUUCAACUCGAGAGAUAUUGGUUUAUCGCGACUUGGCUAUAAUGCUCCUGAAAUUAACAUCGGUCUCCACAAGAAAAAUGUGCAUUGGAGAAUUACUGGAGCGAACUCAUCGGCAAAAGUUAACGAGGAUGUUGUGUGUUUAGCCUUUUUUGAGCGACAUACUCGAGAUUGGGGACAAGCAAUUGUUAUUGGAUCUUAUCAAGUGCAGGACAACCUUGUGGAAUUUGAUCUUUCGAGAACUAGAAUAGGUUUCAGUAACUUGCUCUUUUUCCGUCAGACAGAACUAUACGUAGCACAGCUCGAUCGAUAACUGCUUCUGAUUGAUGAAAUUGUGCAACAAUAUGAACUAGGAUGUAGAAUUCAUUAAAUUGCUGAAAUUAGACUUGGUCUUUGUUGCUUGCUUUACCGGAAAAUGUUGUUUUCUUUGUAAUUUCGUUUUCCAACUAAUCAUGAAGUCUGAAAUUUGUAAUAACAAUAUCUAAUGUUAAUUCAGAUUUUUUGUUUUAUUCUGCUUGUAGGCCUCUAUUUAACCGCUUACAAUUCUGGAUUAAUAAAACGGGCAGCUGAUAGCUAAGCUCGAACUCUUCAUUUUAAUGGCUAUAUAUGUGAAAAAGUCCACACCAAAAUGUAGUAUCAAAGGGAUGUAAUACUUUGCAAGUCUAACAUUCACUAGGGACAUUGUAAUUAUUUUACAUGACCAGAUACAACACUUAUUUUCUGCACUAAGGCAUCAAUCCGUAGAAAGUAGAACAUGAUU